AUGAAUGUUACAACUGUCGACUUCUUAUUGAAGAAACCUGUAAAGUAACGUGGGUGCAAUCAAGCAAUAUUGUUAAAAAUCAAAAUAUUUCUUACGAUAUCUUAAUUCUUUGUGUAUUGCGCUGCUUCCCAGUAUAUUAACGGUGGUAAAUGUUCUGUAAUGAAAAACUUGUUCAUUGUUGGUUUGUAACUGUCUUGUGGUUUAUUUCACUCUGUAUCCGUCUUUUUGUUUAACAGGUGGGAUAACAGUCAUUUUCACCUCAAGAGAUUUACUCCUAAAACAUCCUAUGUCAUCCACCCGGACUUCACUUCUGAGUCUAUGAAAAUAAACACGUUAGUUGGACGUAACUUUCAAUCAUUUUAGCCAGAUUUAUUUGCUUAUUAAUGGAUGCAUGCUAGAAAAAUGAAAUAUCCUGAAUUAUACAAGAUUUGCUCUACACGUCCAAUGGACAUACUAGCUGUAAAAUAUAACACAGCAAUAGAAAUAUUUUGCAGAUCUUUAGAGUCAAAAUGCCAGCACGGUAAAAAAGUAACUCAUUGUCUGGAAGCUUCAGAAUGCUGAUAUAACUGGCGCAUAUAUAAAUAUAUACAACAAAGUAGCAAAAUGUGACCUUGCCCAAGAGUAAGAGUGUGAGCUCCUUGUGUAAUUACUUGGCAUUGUCUGCUUUUACUUUUAGUCAGUUAGACGCCUUGGAGAGAAAUAAACAGCCAUUUUUCUCAUCAUCUAACAUUACAAAUUAUUUUCUUUAAUCUCGACAUAUUUUAAGCUUCUUCUGCAUAAAAAAUCCAUCUCAUAAUCUCUGUGUCUAAUGCUGCUUCUAGCAAUGUGACUAAUGAGCGCUCUGAUGCCUGGCAUAUGUAUUAAUUAAAGUGACAGUACAUGAUUUCCAUUCCUGAUCUUUACAUGUGUAGCCACAAUGGUUAACCAGCCUUUCUUUUCCCAUUGCCCAUUUACUGGUCUAUGUUUUAAAUAUCAUUUUUUUUUUGUUACAGAAACAAUCAUGACUCGAGUCUGAUAGAUGACAUGGAUCCAGUGUUCUCUUCCAGCACGUACCCCUGUGAAGCCUUAAGGUAAUAAAUAACAGUCAUUCAUUGGUGGAGCUACUGUAGAAAGAGCCCUGGUGUAAAAUUGUUUUGGGCCACCUCCCAGCACAAGUGUGGCCGUAGGUAGAUCCCCAUCUGACGUACAACUCACAUUAUGCUAUGCCAUCUGGGGAUCUAACAUUUGCCCAUCCUCGCAGGGCUGUAUUUGUGAGCAGUGUUUGUGUUUCAAUGUAAGCAUGUCUUUAUAUGGAGUAUGUGUGUAUGCCUGUAGGGGUGUAUUAGUGUGUAGUGUUGACAUUUGAAUGUAGUUGUGUGUUUGUAUGUAAGGAUGCUUUUUCAAUGCAGUAGUUUACUUAGUGUAGUGUAUGUGUUUAAGUGUUCUUGUGUAUUAAGUUGUUGUUUGAUUGAAGGCAUGUGUUUGUAUCUUAAUAUAGGGGUAUGUUGCAGAGAUGUAUGCCCAUACGCAGAGACACUGUUAUGCACACAUACUCACUGAAACACUCACAGAUACACACAGUUAAUUGUUGGUUUGUAACUGUUUUGUGGUUCAUUUCGCUCUGUACCUGUGUUUUUGUUUUUUUUAACAGGUGGGAUAACAGUCAUUUUUACCUCAUGAGAUUUGUUCCUAAAAAGUCCUAUAUCAUCCACCCGGACUUCACUUCUGAGUCUCAACAAGGAUUCUUCUAG